AUGGACGAUCUGACGAAGAAAAAGCGAGUUAGAGGAGGCCACAGAGCAUCGGCAAGUAAGCUUGUGGCAAAGAUAGUUGAAGCGAUACCGAAAGCAAGCCCAGAGAACCCAGAGAAGGACGUAGUAUGGCCGAGACAAAGCCAGAUCACAUUACAUGACAAAAUCAAAAUGUUGAAGGAGCUCGAUGAACAAGUUAUUGAUAUACUCAGCGCAUCGAAAGACGAAGACGCUGACGAACAACUUGGCAAAGAAAUCGAGGAUUUAGAUGAAGCGAUCGCAGAAUUGGAAAGAACGUUGCUUCAACUCGAUGACGCGCUAGGAAAACUCGGAGGACAAAGCCUGCCAUUGUUGACGCCAACGAAUAGAUAGAUAGAUUUAUUUAACCACGCUAACCUCGUCAACUACAGCUGAUUUCCACGAGCGGCGUGUGAACAAGAAGUAUACAGCAAAUAUGAAAAGUAUUUAAAAGCUAUUUACAAAGUAGAAAACAUAGUAUAAAAUAUAUUAAGUAUACGAGAUAAUAAUGUAUUUACAGAUGCAUAUAUUUGCUUUAAUUAUCAAUGUGAGCAGCGAUUUUCGUCAGAAAGGAAGAAAGGGAUUUGCUCUCUUUAAUUUCCUUUGGAAUAGAAUUCCAAAGGAAUGAUCCAUCAUACAUAAAACUUUUUUUCAAAUUAUUAGUCCGGGGUUGCGGUAAACGAAGAGUACUUGAAACGUUUCGAAGAUUAUAGCUAAUCAUCUCACUUUUAUAAGUGAAUAAGUUAGUGAGUGAUGGAGGGCCCAUGUUAUUUAAUAAUUUAUACAUCAUUUUUGCCUUGGCUUUCUUCCUUUCUACUUUAAGUGUCUUCCAGCCCAAUGCUUGCAAUGCUACAGAAUGAUCUGUGUCAUUGCUCAUAUUCAUGAUAAUUCGAGCAGCUCUAUUUUGGAGUUUUUGAAGUCGUUUUGAUUGUGUUUCACCGAACACAUCCCAUACUUAACAGCAGUAAUCGAAGUACGGGCGAACAAUAGCAUUAUAAACAGAAAGAAGCGUUUGCCUGUCAACAAAAUUCUUUAAACGUCUAAGAGCAGAAAUUCCUGAUGUUAUUUUCCUGCAAAUAUUUUCAGUGUUACUUUUCCACGACAAAUGCUGGUCGAUUGUCACACCAAGAGUUUUGCACUCAUGCACUUCUUUAAUCUGUUUGUCUUCAAUUACCAGAUUUGGCUGCAAAUUUGAAACGCUUUUAAUCAUUUGUUUUGAUCAAAGUCAUGUUUCAAUAUCAUGUGCAGGUAAAAUCAUAAGAGCGAAGCUUCCGAAACUUAGACUACGGAAUUUCGGCGGAAAGAUUUGUGAAUGGCCAGAGUUUUGGGAUGGAUUUUCGAGCUCGAUAGACAACAAUGACCAAUUGUCGGAUGUUGACAAGUUCGCCUAUCUGCGCGGAUAUUUGGAAGGGCCAGCAAAGUCUACCAUCGCUGGUCUCUCGUUGACGGGAGCGAAUUACAAGUGCGCGGUGGAAUUAUUAAAGAAACGGUUCGAAAAGAAAAGCGCAGUACAACGGGCGCACGUAAAUGAACUGAUGCAAUUGCCGGCGGUUUAUAAAGAAAGAGAUACACGGAGAUUGCGGAAGUUGUAUGACAGCUGCGAAGCGAACAACUGCGCAUUGAAAGCCCUGGGAGUGAACGAAGACUCGUAUUCAGCCAAUGUUGUUCCAACAAUCAUGGAAAAGUUGCCAGAACAGUUUCUUUGA